CCCUUAGCCGUGUGGACAUGACAGUUCCUUACAAAUUUGAAACUUUUUUCUCUCUCUCUCUGCUGGAGUCAAGUUUCAACCUCGGCUAACAAGGGGGUUCAGUUUCUGUGCACCGCCGGUCGUCGGCUGUUGAUUUAGUGAAUGAUUCACCCUUCAAACCCUGGAGUCUGCUGCGAACUUACAGCUUUUUAAACGCGUGGAAACGAGAAGGUUUCUUUUUCCUCUCUUUCCUCCGCCCCCUCCACUGGUGCAACAAAAAAAGUUGAGGAAUUCGCAGGGAGCCGGAUCAAAAGUUCGCGGUUUAAGGAAAACAGAGAGCAUGGAUGUCUUCAACACUAAAAACCUGGCCAUGCAGGCACAGAAGAAACUCCUGGGCAAGAUGGCGUCCAAAAGCAUGGUCAACAUCUUCAUCGAUGACACAAGCAGUGAGGUCCUGGAUGAACUUUACUACGCAACCAAGGAAUAUACAAGAAACAAAAAGGAAGCCCAGAAGGUCAUCAAAAACCUCAUAAAAGUGGUGGUUAAACUCGGGGUUCUCUACAGGAACAACCAGUUCAAUGCAGACGAGCUGAUGCUGGUGGACAAGUUUCGCAAGAAGGUCCACCAGUUGGCUAUGACAGCUGUCAGCUUCCACCAAAUUGACUUCACGUUCGAUCGGCGCGUUCUUGCAAAUAUCCUGAACGAGUGCAGGGAGUUGCUGCACCAGGCCAUCAAACGGCACCUAACAUCCAAGUCCCACGGGCGCAUCGACCACAUCUUUAACCACUUUGCAAACUGCGAAUUCCUGGCCACACUGUACGGACCCACAGAGCCUUACCGCGCACACUUGCAGAAGCUUUGUGAAGGCGUCAACAAAAUGCUCGAAGAAGGCAACAUUUGAUUGGGGCAUUUGUGAGAAUGACUGAGUGGGUGCACUUAUAAGGUGGAGGGCUUUUUUGAAAACAAAAAUGCGCAGCAUAAAAAUGUUUGUUUUGAUGAGGUUCCUUUUUUUCAUACUGAUGGCAACAUUACCAAACCACAGUUUGAUGCUGAAGUAUCUGUCUACAGGGAUCCACUUAAUUAUUAGGGCAUUGAACCUUGGUCUACCCAAUUCCUAAGCCUGAUUGCACAGUAAUACACAGUCCAGCUCUGCAAGAAACAGAGAGGUCUUCCUUAGAUGGGUGCAGGCUAAAGCCAAGCCCUUUGCCCAAAUAAUUGGAAUUAAGCAUGGCCCUGUGAGGGAAAUAGCUUUUGCAUGCACUGGACAUACACAGUUUCCAGACCAGCCGGUGGGUGAAUAGCCCAUAGGGGGCUGCACUCAGCUGUGCUGACCCAAACAGUUUUGCUUACAAUACUAGCCGUGUCCAUCAAUCACUAUUUUAGGCUAACCAGCUGGCCUUGGCCAUGGAAGGAGUGAGAUGAGAACCUGUCUUGCUCAUCCUGGACUAGAGUGUGAGGAGGUGGGUGAGUGGGCAUUCAGUCACAGUUCCAGAUUGGCUGCAGGAGCAGUACAAGUCUAGCCUUCACACAGUUUCUAGCCAGGUUUAUUGGAUAGCCAAACAGCCCGGCCACUUUUCUUACUUGGGCUCAGGUGCGUGCUUGAGAUACAUAGUGAUUCCCUUCAGUAACAUUUGGUGCCUUUUGGAGGGAGGAAGGGAUAAAACUCAGGGUGGACAUGGCCAAGGGAGGAUGCAAGCCACGUCAGUCAAGCACAUUUCAGCCACUGUGAACCAUAAAAAUGGUCUUACAAUUACAGAACCUCAGCCUCGAGGAUAUAAAAAAAAACAACUGAGUAAAACUGUGGCUUUAGCCUGAAGCCAUUAAUUCAUUCUAAUGUUAAGUGCGCUUACUGUUGCUGUUCCAGAUUUGUACAGUUGACUUUUUAACACCAGUGUCAGAUGAUUAUAUACCAACUAUAUAUGAGGUAGAAUGAUACCAGCAACGAUGUACAGGGCUUUUCGUUAGGCUUUGAGACAUUGUUCCUGGAUCCAUUUAAGGGUGAUUGCCUGUCUACUUUCUACACUUGGACGCAAUUUGAAUUGCUAGUCCUUUUUUUUGGGAGGGGGGGGGCGCGGGGGUGGCAGGAACCCUGUAUUGGUUUUUGAACCUGUUUUAAUGUGAAAUGGCUUCAAUAAUGUGGUUCUAAUCUAUAUUUCUGUCUCUUUUCUGCUUUACUUAUUUGUACUGUAAGUUCACAGACAAAAAAUGGUCAAUUUUCCUUCAACUCUCCUCUGUUAUUCAGUUAUUGAUUGUCACUUCCCUAACAGUACUGUUGCUAAAUCUAAGCCUAGUUUAUGUUUGCUGAGCCACACGGUAUUUGUAGAGUUAUUCGAUUACUUAAAUAGCGUUAGAAGUGCUUCACCUGCCUCGAGAGAGGGAGCAGCACCAGCAGUGGCCCCUCUGAGAAAGUGAGUGUAGAUGUUGACCAGGACAAGUUUGAGCUGAACAUUGAUGGCCAUAGGACCUGAUUAUUGUGGCAACACUUGUUAUCUGGGCACAUUAAAAAAGCGACCAUUUUAACACCAGGUUUGUAAAAAGCCACAUCUGUUUUAUUUUGUUUCAAAAAUAAUUCAUUAAAUUUGUAGAUGUAUUUUGCAGUACAAUCCCAAUGUGAGAAUUCUCCAAUGAAAUGCUAGAUUAAUGUAAUGGAAUUGCAACCUGCACUAUGAGUUGAUUAAGGAGUUGCAAUUUACUGAAUACCAUACUUAAACAUUUUCUGGUUCACACAGCCCAAGGGCUUUUACACUGCUUCCAGCCUCUCCGUAUACAAUAGCAGUCGGGCUCUGUUUACAUGGAGUCUUUGCAAUGGCUGCAUCAAGGUUCAGUGCUUUUCUCAGCAGGGAGUCAGGGAACUGGGGCUCUGCUGGUCUGCAACACAGUCUUGAGCAGGUCCUGCCACUGGCAGUAAUCCCAAAGCAAGUCUUCGCUGAAUUGACGCCUUUGAGAAAUAACUGAUGUUUGUCUUGAUUUGCAUCACUGGGAACAAUCCUGCAUUACAGAGCCUGCAUUAUGAUAAAC